CUAUCAGUAACCAUCAACCAUUUCUAACAACAGCUACUAUUCCAAUUUGGAAAGAAAUAUAGAAAGACUUGCCGGAAUCUAACAUACAUUAACGGUCGAAGAGAAAUAUCAAAUUCUAAAUCAAUCAGAAAAGGUUGCUCAAGAUCAUAGAAGGAUCGUUGAAAAAUGGAAAUCGCAGUGAAAUAUGAGAAUGAACUUGUUAACCUUGAAGCCACAGAGCUAAGGUUAGGCUUACCUGGAAUUGAUCAGCCUGAUGAGAAACUAAAGUUGUCUUCCAGAACCAACAACAAAAGAACUGUGGCCGAGAGAGACGAAGAAGAAGAAUGUGGAUCCAAAAGCAACUGUUCAGAUGUUUCUGAUGCUAGGGAUAGCGACCGGUUAGUCGCGCCACCUGCCAAGCAACAGGUAGUUGGAUGGCCACCAGUUAGAUCUUACAGGAAAAACUAUCUGCAACCGAAGAAGAACAUCGAAGGAGAGAAUUCAGGAAUUUAUGUGAAAGUUAGUAUGGAUGGAGCUCCUUACCUUAGAAAGAUUGAUCUUAAAGUUUAUGAGGGAUAUCAAGAACUUCUCAAGGCAUUGGAGAAUAUGUUCAAAUUCAAUAUGGGUCAUUAUUUUGAGAGUCAAGGCUACAAUGGUUCGGAAUUUGUACCCACUUACGAAGACAAAGAUGGUGACUGGAUGCUGGUUGGAGAUGUCCCAUGGGGAAUGUUCAUCUCAUCGUGCAAAAAGUUGAGAAUCAUGAGAGGAUCAGAAGCUAGAGGUUUGGGUUCCCGUGCGUAGAACGGAAGUAAUAAUCAAGAUGCUAACUAAUCAAGAAUCUCAGUACAUCAAACGGAGAUUUGUAGAGACAAAGGAAUUGCGUCUUACGUGCAUGAGCAGAAAAACAUUUCUCAUGCAGCUGCUUGGGUUCUCCUAGAAGAAACAGAGCAAGAGCUGAAUCCCUCUUUCCCAUAUCACCUGUUAAAGGUGGCUUCAAUAGCUCUUAACAGCUGGACAAAAGGAGGAAAAGAAAUCGUCCAAUCACACAUCUUGAUCUAGUUUACGUUUCAUUCUACAUAUAUUGUCAUUAGAACCAAGAUCCAUGGCAGCAGGCUUAAGAUAAGCGAGCCUUUGUGAUGUACUUAAUUAUUUUCGUGCAAUAUUAUCCCUAUCAAACAGAAACUACAUAAAUAGAGAUAGAGAUAAAGAAUAUUCUCCUGAUCCCAUCAGAAUUGUACAUAUGAUGAUAUAAACAAUAUAUCCAAAUAUUUGUCCACAUUUUGCG